AUGAUAUUCGAUCCUAAUUUUCGUCGUAACAGCCCUCCUACAGACUCAGAGGACUCUUCCAAGGGCGAAGGGUUCCUAAAGUCAGUCUGGCACCGACUGGUAGACAAUAAAGACUCUGAGUCUCCUAAGUCGGACAGCAAAGAUGCUAAAGACCCAAAGGAUGCCAAACAAGAUGAUACCAGCAAAGACUCGAAGAAGCGUCAACUUUCCAACUACCCCACAGUUGAUUCCGAUACUCAACGUGCCACCCCCUGCCCUCGCGUCUUCCCCAUCCAUAUUCUACUAGUGGAGGGGGAGCAUCCCGCUCCUGUAAACUUCGCGAAUAUGGUGCAGGCACCAAUGCUUUCGUGCCCGCUGAAGCAAACCAACGAGAUCGAUUGGAUUCAGCCCCUCAAGGAUUACAUUCGACAGACUUAUGGCGAGGACCCUGAGCGCUAUAGUCAAGAAUGUGCGACUUUAAACCGCCUCAGGCAAGACGUGAGAGGCGCUGGCAAGGAUAGCGCUACAGGGCGCGACUUGCUUUAUCGAUACUACGGCCAGCUGGAGCUACUGGACCUCCGGUUCCCUGUUGAUGAGAAUCACAUCAAGAUAUCAUUUACAUGGUACGAUGCUUUCACGCACAAACCCACCUCCCAAUACUCCCUAGCAUUUGAGAAAGCAUCCAUCAUCUUCAAUAUCUCCGCCGUCCUCUCCUGUCAUGCCGCAAAUCAGAAUCGAGCCGAUGAUACCGGUGUCAAGACGGCAUACCACUCUUUCCAGGCUUCAGCUGGGAUGUUCACAUAUAUCAAUGAGAAUUUCUUGCACGCUCCGUCGACUGAUCUCAACCGAGAUACCGUCAAAACACUCAUCCAUGUUACACUCGCCCAGGCCCAGGAGGUGUUUUUAGAGAAACAGAUCACAGACUUGAAAAAACCCGGAUUCUUGGCUAAAUUGGCUAGUCAAGCUGCAUACCUUUAUUCGCAGGGAUCGGAAACGAUGCAGGAAUUCGUCAGUAAGAACGUCUUCGACAAAGUGUGGUCGUCAGUGGUCCAGGCGAAGGCGGCGCAUAUGAGUGCUGUUGCAUCCUACUACCAGGCGAUUGCGGAUAGUGAUAAUGGGUCACACGGAGUCGCCAUUGCUCGACUACAGAUGGCUGAUAAGCAAGCUACUACUGCUCUUGGGUGGGCCAAGUCAUUCCCUUCGAACGCUCCCGCGACUUCAAAUCUGACCGCAGAAUCUGGGCCCGCUUUGGUGGAGGAAACCAAACAUAUCCAAGAAAAUGUGCAGACCAAGCUCGCCAGUCUCAUCAAAGAUAAUGACUUUAUCUAUCAUCAGCCUGUCCCCAAUGAGGCAGGACUCUCGGCAGUUGCUAAACUACCUGCGGCAAAGGCAAUCCCAGUCAGCGAGCUCUAUCAAGGACAGGAUAUCCAGCGCAUCAUCGGUCCCGAUAUUUUCCAGAAGCUCGUGCCAAUGUCCGUCACGGAGAACGCUAGUCUGUACGAUGAGGAGAAGGCCAAGUUGAUCCGUGCCGAGACGGAGAAGGUUGAGACGGCCAAUGGUGAGAUGGCUGCUAGUCUAGACUACUUAAAGCUGCCAGGCAGUCUCAAUAUUCUCAAGGGCGGCAUGGAUCAAGAGAUGACUGUGGAUGAAGAGUUUCGUCGCUGGUGCUCAGAGCUUGCUGGUCAUAAACCGUUCAAAAAGGUAUUGGACGAGAUGCAGGACCGCAAGACAGAGGUUCUGGCACAGCUUGACCAGUGCUCAAAGCAGCUAGACUUAGAAGAGAGCGUAUGUGAGAAGAUGCGUUCUAAAUACGGCGCAGAUUGGAGCCAGCAACCUAGUGCCCGCCUAAAUACUACGCUUCGCGGUGAUGUACGCGCAUACCGAGAUACAAUUAGUGAGGCUAGUGCCAGUGAUGUUCAGUUGUCUGCCACUUUGCGGCAAUAUGAAGACGACUUCGAACAGAUGCGCUCAGCGGGUGAGACUGAUGAGGCCGAUGUGCUCUUCCAACAGGCAAUUAUCAAGGCUGGAUCCAAGCAUAGCAAGGGCAAGAAUGGAGUUACCAGCCCGGCUGAAGGUAAUUUACUUGAUGAUAUCUAUGACGAAGGAGGUGCAUCUGUUUCGGAUCAGAUCAACAAGGUAGAGGAGAUUUUGAAGAAACUCAAUCUUGUCAAGCGAGAGCGGUCACAAGUCCACAAUGAUGAUAUCUCGAAUGUGUUGAUUCUGAACAAGAAGACCAUCGCCGGCCAAGAAAACCAACUAUUUGAGGCUGAAUUGGAGAAAUUUCGACCUCAUCAAAAUCGACUCCUCCAGGCGAAUCACAAGCAGUCGUCAUUGAUGAAAGAACUUACUAAGACCUAUGGUGACUUGCUACAGGACAAACGAGUUCAGUCUGAGCAGUCCAAGUACGAGGGUAUUACACGACAAAGAAGUUCCGUGAUGGCUCGAUAUAAGAAGGUGUACGAAGCCUUCAAUGGUCUGUCGUCUGGCAUCGUUCAGGCUCGAACUUUCUACAAGGAGAUGAGCGAAAACGUUGACAGCCUGCGGAAGAACGUUGAGACUUUCAUUAGCAACCGCCGCUCUGAGGGCGCCCAGUUACUGAGCCAAAUCGAGCGCGACAGGGCCGGUGGUGCCUCAGAGCAGGACAACCGAGAGAGAGAAAAGCUCCGCCAGUUAAUGGAGCGCCUCUCCACCGAACCGAAACAGGCCUCGCCAUCUACAAUGGCUCCACCGCCUUCGAAAGUCAAGUCACCGCCACCUCCUAUCCAGGCUCCAGGAUAUGGAACAGGCCCAUCUCCGCAGAUGUCGCCUCGGUACCCACCAGUCAUGUCAGGAACCCCUUCUCACGGCGUACCUUUAUCACACUCCCCAGCACCUUAUGGGCAAUACAUGGGUGCCAAUCCAGGCGUUCCAUACGUACCUAGUCAAACAUUCCAGCAAGGUGCUGCUGCACCGCUGUCUGACGGCUACAACCCAAUGGCAUAUCCUUAUCAGACUCCGGUUUCCCCACCCCCGAACCAACAAUUCUUCUCUUCCACUCCAGCUCCUUAUGCCGGCUACCCCAGUGCCAGCCCGGCACCCUCUGCCUCUACAGGGACACCUUCACACUAUAUGGCGCCUCAGGGCUAUGUUCCUCCCCCGCCUCCCCCACGCCCGCAGCAAACCAACUACCCACCUUCGAAUGGUGGCAUGUAUCCAUCCGGGCCUGGCGGCUACGCGCAGAGCAGACCACAUGGCCACCACAAGACCCCUUCGCAGUCUCAGUCUCAGCCUCAACAGCCGCCUGGCUCUAAUGACCCUUGGGCGGGUCUUAACGCAUGGAAAUAG